UGAGUCAAUCAACAGCACUUUUCGAGCUAUCUGUUUCCCCACAGACGCGUGAGGCUGAAGAACUGCGUCCUCGCGGAGACAGCCGGCUGUCACUGUCUCUAGAUGCGUGUUGAAGGAGCGCGCAGGAGGGGUCUGGAAUCGAACUCUUGCUGCGAGAGAUCAUCAUCGAUUGCUGGAGUCUGCAAAGGCACUCCAUCCAACACAACACAAAUUAGAUGUGGAGCUUUUCCAAUGCAAUAUGAGUGACUCAACUCAUGAGGGGUGAGACAGCACUGGGGAAGGUGUAGAACAGGGGAGGACAGAGAACCGUUUUGCAACCCUGGUGUUUACGAAUCCAGGAUUCCGGGAAAUGGAAGUUAUUUUUGGCCAUCUAAAGUAGAGCGAAUCUUCAAAAUUCCGUCGGGCAAGGGGGAGGAAGAGCCGAAGUAACUCAGAUGAGUUAAUUGCAGCCUUCUGUCGACUAAUGUUGCCAUUCGAAUAUCCUUGAAAUAGUCUGAGGAAUCCGUCCUCACAGUGUUUUAUUUGACAGAAGUAAGAAAUUACUGUCUUGUGCUCUAACAAUUUAAUCUCAAACGUUGUGAGCUGAUUUGAACUGGAGAGACCGUGAGUUAUGCUCUAAUACAUUUUGAAAACAAACUCAAACAUACUCAAACGAGUGGAAAUACUUUAUUGAAACAAGCCUCGAUUGAUAAUCUGCUUCUCUUGCACGGAUUAUCAAAAUCAGCUGCCACCAAAAGUGUGAAAGAUGAAGCCCUCAGCCUUCAUGUUCCUCCUUAUCAGCUCAGCAGCCUGCAUCAAUCUCAAAUACAUCUCCAAGAGGAACUCUGUGGAUGGCUGCAUUGAUUGGUCAGUGGACCUGAAGAGGUACCGGGUCCUAGCAGGGGAACCAGUGAGGGUGAAGUGCGCCCUGUUCUACAGCUACAUCAGGACCAACUACUCCAUGGCCCAGAGCGCCAAGCUCCGGCUCAUCUGGUACAAAAACAAAGGGGACUCGGAGGAGCCUAUCAUCUUCUCGGGCCAUCGGCUCAGCAAGGAGGAUGACUCCAUCUGGUUCCGCUCAGCCGAGCUGGAGGACAACGGCUUCUACACCUGUGUCCUGAGAAACUCCACCUACUGCAUGAAGGUGUCCAUGUCCUUGGCAGUGGAGGAGAACGACGAGGGCCUGUGCUUCAACAGUAAAAUACGCCACCUGGAGAAAGCCGAGAUCACUAAAAGCAAGAUGAUCAACUGCCCCGACAUCGAGGAUUACCUCGCCCCUUACAAGCAGCCCCAGAUGACCUGGUAUAAGGAGUGUGAGAAGAAGACAUGGCGGAGCUCCAUCAUGGUGAACACCACCAACAUCUGGUUCCCUGAGGUGCAGGAGGACGACGGGGGGAACUACACCUGUGAGCUCAAGUAUGGCAGCCGGGUGGUGAGAAGGACCACAGAGCUCAAAGUCACAGCUCUCCUCACAACCAGACCCCCGAAGGUCCUGUUCCCCACUGAGAGACAGGCCAGUGUUAUAGAUGUCCAACCGGGUAUGCCCCUCAGUCUGGACUGUAAGGCCUUCUUCGGCUACAGCGGGGAGUCCAGACCUAUCAUCUACUGGAUGAAAGGGGAGAAGUUUGUGGAGGAGCUGGCAGGUCACAUUAAAGAAAGUGAAGUCAGGGUGUUGAAGGAGUAUCUAGGGGAGAAAGAGGUGGAGCUGUCCCUAACCUUUGAUGCAGUGGAGGAGACGGACCUGGGCAACUACACCUGCUUUGUGGAGAACCAUAUUGGGCGGAGGAGUGGCAGCGCCAUCCUGCAAAAGAAAGACAUGUACAGGCUAGAGCUGGCCGGUGGACUAGGAGCCAUCCUCCUUCUGCUGGGCUUCUUCACGGCCAUCUACAAGUGCUACAACGUGGAGAUCACGCUCUGCUACCGGAGACACUUUGGGAGUGACGAGACAGAGGACGACAACAAGGAGUAUGAUGCAUAUUUGUCCUACACCAAAGUGGAGCUGGAUUCGAUGAACAGGGGCUCCAGUGAAGAGGAGCAGUUUGCACUGGAGAUCCUCCCAGAUGUUCUGGAGAAACACUACGGAUACAAGCUCUUCAUCCCCGACCGGGACCUCAUCCCUAGCAGUCACAGCAUCUACAUCGAGGACCUGGCGCGAAGCGUGGAGCAAAGCAGGCGGCUGAUCAUCGUGUUGACUCCUGAGUUUGUGGCCAAGCGUGGCUGGAGCAUCUUCCAGCUGGAGACACGGCUCCACAGCAUGCUGGUGACAGGGGAGAUCAAAGUCAUUAUGAUCGAGUGUGCUGACCUCAAGAGCGUCAUCAACUACCAAGAGGUGGAGGCCCUGAAGAACACCAUCAAAGUGCUCACCAUCAUCAAGUGGAGGGGCCCUAAGAGCAACGAGCUCAAGUCCAAGUUUUGGAAGCAGGUGAUUUACGAGAUGCCGGUAAAGAGGAAGGAGAUGCUGUCUCGGCGGCAGGUGCUUGACUCCGGAGAGCAGGGCCUGUUCGGCGACCUGCAGACGGUCUCCACCAUCGCCAUGACGACCACGUCUGCCUCGCUGGCGCCCGCCCACCAUGCCGAGAUCCCAGACUUUAAUCAGGCCGGCCACCCCCAGAUGAGACACUACUGCACCCGUAGUUACGAGUAUAAGAUGCCCGGUUCCCCCGUGCAGAUAUCCACCUUGAGUAACCGUCACAUGUACUGCAAUAUCCCCAUGACGCUGCUCAACGGACAGGUGACUCAGAACAACACGAUGGGAAAGAGCAAGCAGGAGAUCCACUUGAACAGCACAUUCGUCCCUCUAUCUGGAAGGGAACUCACAAGUGAUAUCUGGUAGACUGAUAUUCAGCAACCGGCUUGAUGGCACCAUUUUUAUUUAUUUAUUUUUAGCUUUUUUUAUCUGCAUGAAGACUCAUUUAGACAAAACACUGAUAAAAAAAAAGACUGAACUUAAUCAUUUCUCACGGACUACUUUCAUUGGCGAUUAAAUGUUUUAUUUUUUUUGUUCAGCCAUAAGAAAAAAAGGAAAAAAGGAGUUGCUCCAGUCAUAAUUUUCUUACUUGAAAAAUGUCUCCUUUUCGGAGAUAAGUAAUACAUUAAAAAACCUUGUUUUUAAUGUUCAAGGUAUUGUUAUUAUGUACAGUUUUCAUAUCUUCUAUAAACAUUCAUGAUGAUUCCUUUGAGAUGUUAAUGGUGUAUGAGUAUGUGAGUGAAUCCACAUUAAAUGAUUCUGAUCUGGGAUACUUCAUGGGAAAGGGGGACAUUUCUCAUUGCAGCACAAUUCUGUAAAGACCGACUGAACACAUUCUCUGUGAGCUUUAAACAUUUUACAGUAUAUUUAAGCAAAUCAAUAAUGUUUGAAGGUAUUGUCAUUGUUUGAGGCCAAUUAAAUAUGAAUAUUUGAAAUGUUUGAUACAAUAUUUGUUUGAGUUGUAUUCUGUGACUCUAGUUGCUGUCUCUUGAUUUCUGCCUAUUACUUUGCUAAUUCUAUUUGGUAAAAACAAGAAGCCCUCAUCAACUUUUUUUCUACUUCUCUGCUGAAAUCCUCCCCUGCUUCUCAUGCCUUCUUUCCUCCCUGUCGGCCAUAUUGCUUUCAGAUUACUAUUGAGUUGUCUCCUUGAGGAUGACCUGCUCUCUAAAGGUUACAGAUGGACUCAGUGUGGUGCUUUGGGAACCGAUCGUAGUUUUGACUGACUGUAUUGUAGAAAUGGAAUGGAACUGGAAUCACCUGAGAGAUAUUUGCAUUUGUAUCUAUUUUAUUUAUUUAGUUUGCAAAAUGAGAAGAGAAUAGUCUUAAAGAAUCUUCCUCUUCUCAGCAUGCUUUUCUGCUUCUAUCCUGGCUCCACCCUAGAGAAUUCAUCCUAUUUGUCUGCUUUGUUUUUUAAUAUAGCACCCUCUAUCUGUCUCAUUGCGUUAUAGCCGAAAUACCAAGAUUGUAAAAAAAAAAAAUGACUUAGACAUGGUCUGAGCUUGGUGACCUUCAAGAGCAAACGAAAAUACUAACCGCAGGAGGUCAAAGAGAUUUCAACCAUCAGUCUGAACCAUUGCUGAACUGCCCACAGAUGUCUUCUCCAACAUCAGUUAUAAAUCAGAAGUUUAUUUAAUGCCUUUUUGUUCUGUUUGCAAGCUGAUGGAUUUUGAUAGUGAUUCCAUGCCAUGAAUAGCCAGGGCAUCAAUGUGCAUAUGAUGAAAUCAAAUAAAUAAUUUGAUGGGACCCUUGCGAAUGGCUGUAUAUUAAAUCAUGUUGAAAUCACA